AUGGAUCACCAAACCUUCAACAUUCCAGAGUCUUCGCUGUCUGAGCUACUCAAUUAUUUUGAUGAGAUCCAAUGCAGCACCCAAACUGUGCAGGAUGAGUUGGCCAGUGAUCUGGCGAGUGAGAAGGCCUUAGACAAAUUUGAUGAAAUUUCUUUGGUGGUUGCUGCUCUCCAAAUAGAGAACACAAAACUUUGGUCAAAACUUGAUAAACUGUAUGGUGAGGUUGAUACACUCCGCAGUGAAAAUAAUAAACUCAGAGAUGAGGUUAAAAGCCAGUGGGAAGCACUAAACAAUGCCUUCGAGUUGUCUAGUCCAGCAGUACCAAUCAAAAAGAUUAUUGGUCACAGAGGCAUUGAUGUAACAGGGGAAACCACCUAUAAAGAGACCACAGCCUCUGACCUUGAAGGUGCUAUACAGCUGGGUAUUUCCUACACCGUACAGGAAGCAAGUCGUAUGGACCAAAGGGAGGUACUCAUCCAGGACUUUGAGGUGAUGGAGAGUGUGUAUUUCCCAAGAAAAGGCAGUAAAUGGACUCCACCUCACCACUACAAAGACUUCCAUUUUAAAAUCUAUGCACCCUUUGGCUUUUUCUAUUUCAGAGAGAAAUUUGGCAUUCCUCCUGAUGAUUAUGAGGUUUCUCUAUGUAGCAAAGCACUGCUAGAGCAGUCAAACUCCGGAGCAAGCGGCUCGCUGUUCUGCCUUUCCUCUGAUGACAAGUUCAUCAUUAAGACAGUGCAACGCAAAGAGGCUGAGUUCCUGCAGAGGAUGUUGCCUGGAUACUACAAUACCCUGUUGCGCAACAGGCACACCCUCCUGCCUAAGUUCUAUGGGCUCUACUGCGUGCAUAUUGGCAGUAAAUACAUCCGCAUUGUGGUGAUGAACAACCUCCUGCCGACGACUGUACCCAUUCACCUCAAGUACGACCUCAAGGGCUCUACCUACAGGCGGCAGGCAUCACGGGAGGAGUGCACCAAGCCAUUGCCCACUUACAAGGACCUGGACUUCUUGAGAGACCUACCUGAUGGGAUACUGUUGGAGGCUGGCCAUUAUGAUGUUCUCAGGAACACCAUCCACGAGGACUGUCUGCUUUUGCAAAGCUUCAGAAUCAUGGACUACAGCCUGCUGGUGGCGAUCCACAAAAUACAACAGGGGACGGAGGAGUCCCCUCCACUAGUGUCUGAUUACAGCAAUGGAGUAAUUCCAGCAACCACAUGCAAGGGUGAGAAGAUGUGGGUGUUUGCUGGUAUCAUUGACAUCCUGCAAUCCUACAGGCUUUUGAAGAAGUUGGAGCAUUCUUGGAAAGCCAUUUUUCAGGAUGCUGACACUGUGUCAGUGCAUCGACCAGGCUUUUAUGCUGAUCGCUUUGAGAAGUUCCUCUGGGAAAAAGUCUUUACGAGGAGGAUUCCAUUGAAGUCCUCUUUAUCAAAGAGCAGCCGAGUAGGAUAUCACCAUGAUCCGUGGCGGGUCCCUAGCAUGAGGUCUAAUAUCAACUCCAGGCCCAGUUACAUCAACCAUACCAGCCGUAGUAGUAUUCUCAAAAACAGCCCCAGCUACCAGGCCAGCAAGACAAUAACUGCUCCAGGCCACAGCUCUGCAUCUCUCAAUUUCAUUGACUGAAUUACAACAUAAUUUUCA